GGAGGAUUGGGAGGGGCUGAAGGCCGCUUCCGGCUCGGGAAGUGCAGUGGCUUCGGCUCGGAAAGUGCAGUGGCUUCGGCACGUGUGUCAUUCCACGGGAUUUCUGUAUUAAACCUGCCUCUGGUAAACUUGUCUGGCCGGACUCCUUUAAGGCCUAAGGAUGAAGGCGAGAAGAAAUAAAAAACAGAUCCCAAGCUUCCGCAAGCUGAUAAAAACUAGUAAAAUAAAACUUGAAAACAAGCUAAAAAAUAAGCAGUUUAAACAACAAAGCACUCUCAAGAAGUACCGAAAAGAACAGAGGAAACUAAGGCAAGCUGUGAAAGAUGCUGUGUCUAAGAAACCUAUUCCACUGGAGGACCCAAGGGAAAAGCGACCAGGUAAAAGGAUUGAGAGGGAAGAAGAGGAAGAAGAAGAAGCCCUUCCUUUAGAUAUGAUGGAUGAAGAUGACUUACAGUUAAUGAAGGACUUAGGACAAAGAGCAUCUUUUCUAACAAGAGAUCUUUCUUCUAGUGAGCCUGUUCAUGCGAAGAAACGGAAGCAUGAACGCAUUAUAGAUAAAUAUGAAAAAAUACCAAGAACUUUGCAAACUGCACCAGAGAAGGAACUGAUUCACUUGCUUCCUAUCAAAGAUAAAAGUGGUAUAAUCCCACAGACUAGAGAGAAGCCAGUUACUGAUAGUAACAAAGAUGAAGAGGAUCGAGAAGAAGCGAGGGAACUUGAGGAAGAGAUCGUUGAAGAUCCUGUUCGAGAGCUGACCAUAGAAGAACAUUUGAUUGAGAGAAAGAAGAAACUACAGGAAAAGAAGAUGCAUAUUGCAGCCUUGGCAUCUGCCAUAUUAUCAGAUCCAGAAAGUAAUAUUAAAAAACUGAAAGAAUUACGUUCUAUGCUGAUGGAACAAGAUCCUGAUGUGGCUGUUACUGUUCGAAAGCUGGUAAUUGUUUCUCUGAUGGAAUUAUUUAAAGAUAUUACUCCUUCAUAUAAAAUCCGGCCCCUCACAGAAGCAGAAAAAUCUACUAAGAUCCGAAAAGAAACCCAGAAGUUAAGAGAAUUUGAAGAAGGCCUGGUUAGCCAAUACAAAUUUUAUUUGGAAAAUCUGGAACAAAUGGUUAAAGACUGGAAGCAGAGAAAGCUGAAGAAAAGUAAUGUAGUUUCCUUAAAGGCAUACAAAGGACUGGCAGAAGUCUCUGUGAAGAGCUUGUGUGAGCUGUUGGUGGCACUAUCUCAUUUUAACUUUCACAACAACAUCAUUGUAUUGAUUGUCCCUCUUAUGAAUGAUGGGUCAAAAUCGAUAUCUGAAAUGUGUUGUGAAGCUGUAAAGAAACUCUUUAAACAAGAUAAAUUAGGCCAAGCUUCUCUUGGUGUAAUUAAAGUGAUUUCUGGUUUUGUGAAGGGCAGAAAUUAUGAAGUUAGGCCAGAGAUGUUAAAAACAUUUUUAUGCCUAAGAAUCAAGGAAGUAGAAGUGAAAAAAGAUACAGAAGACAUUAAUAAACCAAAAAAAUUUAUGACUUUCAAAGAAAAGAGAAAAACUCUAUCAAGAAUGCAGAGAAAGUGGAAGAAAGCAGAAGAGAAACUAGAGCGAGAGCUUCGAGAGGCAGAAGCUUCAGAGAGUACUGAGAAAAAACUCAAACUGCACACAGAGACUCUGAAUAUUGUGUUUGUAACCUACUUCAGAAUAUUGAAGAAGGCCCAGAGGUCACCUCUCCUGCCAGCAGUUCUAGAAGGUCUUGCCAAGUUUGCUCACCUUAUAAAUGUGGAGUUUUUUGAUGAUUUAUUAGUAGUUCUUCAUACACUCAUUGAGUCUGGUGACCUAAGCUAUCAAGAAAGUCUUCACUGUGUCCAGACUGCUUUUCAUAUUCUUUCUGGACAAGGUGAUGUUCUGAAUAUUGAUCCAAUGAAAUUCUACACUCAUCUUUACAAAACACUGUUCAAGUUACAUGCAGGUGCUACCAAUGAAGGUGUUGAGAUUGUACUCCAGUGCCUUGAUGUCAUGCUAACUAAGCGCAGAAAGCAAGUUUCUCAGCAGCGAGCCCUUGCCUUUAUCAAACGCCUUUGUACCCUUGCUCUUCAUGUUCUUCCAAAUUCAAGUAUUGGCAUUUUAGCAACUACCAGAAUAUUAAUGCAUACUUUCCCCAAAACAGAUCUACUGCUUGACAGUGAAUCUCAGGGAAGUGGAGUUUUCCUCCCUGAACUGGAUGAGCCUGAGUACUGCAAUGCUCAGAACACUGCUCUGUGGGAACUGUAUGCACUGCGGAGGCAUUAUCAUCCCAUAGUGCAGAAAUUGGCAGCUCACCUGAUCGCUGGAGCACCUUCCGAAGGCUCUGAAGCACUCAAACCAGAGUUGAGUCGAAGAUCUGCUGCUGAACUUUUUGAGGCAUAUAGCAUGGCAGAAAUGACAUUCAAUCCUCCUGUUGAAACUUCAAACCCCAAAAUAAAGGGUAAAGUUUUACAAGGGGAUUCAUUUUUGAAUGAAGAUUUAAAUCAGUUACUCAAAAGAUACUCCAAUGAACUUACUACUGAGUCACCUCUGGAUUUCACGAAAUAUUUGAAAACAUCACCAUUCUAGUAGAGGAAUGAAGUCAGUGGACUUUCUUGUAUAUUUGUGUGUGUGCAGAUGUACAUAAAGAUGAGUUGUUAACUUAGGACCUUUUCUUUGUGUACAAGGAAAGCUUCCUAAGAAUGAUGAGGAAGAGGAGGAAUAAUUACCCUUUGCAUGGCACAGGGUUCUGCUCCUAUUCUGAAUAUGUCAUUUCAUCAGUGAGAUCGAAAGCCUUUUUUUUUCCUCCCCAGUAUUUGGAAACUACUUUCUUACUAAUGCUGUCUUUAAAAACUUCAUGUACAUUAUAGUUUAAAAAAAAAAAAAUCUUUGAACUGGAUCUUACUGAAGUGCAGUUGCUAUAUUAAAAUUAGGGCACAGAGCACAGAAAAAUCAAGACCGUGAGAACACUUUUAAUCAUUUAGCUACUUUUUGUAACUAAAUACUCUAAAUAUUCUUAUUGCAAUACUGUGGAUGGAAAUGAGAAGGAUUCUAAAUUUGAGUUAAUACAUUUUUAUGAAGAUUUUUGAGGAAAGAACAAAAUAGCUGGUACUCAGGUUCAUCGGCUCUUGCUCAAUGAUCCACUUCAAGAAGUAACCAAAUUUGGCAUUUAAAAAAAGGUAUUAAUGUUCGUUAUAGCUACUUUCAAGGAAAGUUUGAAUAUGACUCUAAUCUCUGAAGUUCUUCACAUUUUCUGACAUUCCUUGGAGGGUGACUGGGGAAGAAUUGCUUCAGGGUAGAAGAACCAGGCCCAAGACUUUACCAUUCUGUUCCAUGGACAAAGGAUACUCAGUGAGGAACUUUUUCCCCUCUUGGAACAGGUAAAAUGCUUUUUCUUAUUAACAUAAUCAUAAACCAGUAUUUUAUGUAACUGCUAUUCCUGUAUUCUACGAGUGGCCUAAGAAAUGCCUGUUUUAGUGACUAGGUUAUAAAUAUUUUCUGUUGUGAAUAGUUGAAUAAAAUAGCUGUUUUUUCUGCUUCC